AAAAGGAAAAAAAAAAAAAAACAGUAGCUGCGUGAAGUGAACAUUCCUUGCUUUCCUUGUCUUCUGUAUAAAAACCUGGAUUCCCUAUUCCUCCGCUAAGGAAGAGAAAAGGAAAACAUUUCUUCUUUCGAUCUUCCUAAAGUGAGCAUGUCGUAGAAAAUUAGCUUUUGCUCUUCUCAAAUCUUCGUCUCCUUUUUGCUCUCCUUCUUCCAUCUAACUCCCUCCUUUACCAAUUACAUACAAAGGAAAGGAAAGUAAAGGAAAGGGACUUUCCUUCCUUUGAUCCAAGAACCAGACUCAUUCCCAUCCAUCUUCAAGAUACCGGGAUUCAACUGAGAUGGCAACCUGUCCCCGAGGCUCCAUCACCUACAACGCCACUUUCUGCGCGUGCCCACCUGGCCGCCUUCUCAACCGCACCUCCAACACCUGCUCUCUGUUCACUGCUAGCUCUGCCAUUUACACCGAAACUGGAAUUGCCUACUCCGUGUCCUUCCCGGAGACCAUCUUCUCUUUUGAUUCUAUCAAGAAGUUUACUCAGUCGCAGGCAGUUUUCUUGGAAGCUACUUUAGUUAUGCUGCUCUCUUGGCUUCUCUUUUGCUUCUUCUUGAGGUGUAGGAAGCUUGGCGAUGGUAGAAAUUUUUGGUUCAAUAUUAGGUGGUGGAUUAGUCGUUUGGAUGUUUGCUUUGCCACUAGGCAUUGGCUGGAUGAUCAGCAGGUGGUUGUGAAGCGAAAAACAGAACUUGGUGGAACUUUUUCAAUGGCAAGUUGGAUACUUUUCAUUGGUCUGUUUGCUGCGUUGCUUUACCAAAUCAUAUCAAAGAGAACCAUUGAGGUGCAUAAUGUGAGAGCAACAAAUGCACCCGAUUUGGCUUAUUUUGUCAAUGACAUGGAAUUUAAUGUAACCACCAUUUCUAGUAUGAGCUGUUCAAACUUGCAUGGUCUUGGUAAUUUAGUUACAGGGAAUCCUGGCUUUAUUGACCACAGGGUUGUCAGUCUUACAGAUUUAGUUAACUACACCUGCCAGAACACAAGUACAGGGCCAACUCUAACUUUUAAGUGUAACAACUGCAGAUUCAAUAAAGAUUUUAUGUAUAUUUCCUGGCAAUUUAUUGAUCUUCCAAACGUUCCUGCCAGUGCUGUUGGUUUUCAGUUCAACCUUACCAUAAGAAAUCAUGUCGAUAAAAGGCAUACGAGUUUUGUUAGUGGUACACUAAAAAAUGGAAGUGCAUUUGAUGAUAGACCAGUUACAUUCAGAGGGAGGGAUCCAAAUGUAUUGAAAUUUAAUCUAUUUCCUCAAAUAUACCAUAAUCUGCAUGAUCUAAGGCUCAUCCAACCUCUAUUUCAUGAGUUUGUUCCGGGUUCAUUUUCUCGUGAUGCAACACAUCUCCAAGCCUCCCUUCAAACUUCCACUGAUGGACUAGUCAACACCACGCUGUACGUCAACUACCUCUCUGCUUAUCUUGUUGAGAUCGAACAACAAAACAUAAUGGGUCCUGUGAGCUUCCUUGCAGAUCUUGGUGGUCUAUAUUGCAUUUGUAUUGGCAUAUUUUUCUACUUCUUGGUGCAAUGCGAGUACAGAAUCAAAAAACUUCGCAAUGAAGAUAGCACCAUGCGAAACAUAAGAAAUCGGCUAAAAGCUCAAAAACGUUGGGAUAAAUUGAGGAAAUAUGUAAUGUACACAUGGGGUUGCAGCAAAUGGGCUGAUGACCUUGAGAGCAGCAAACAUGGAUCUAGUUGCAGUUGUUUCGUGGCACCAUCUGUUCGUGGCAAUGGAUCGCUAUCAUCACGGAAGAGGGCGUCACAAAGGAGAACAGAUAGUAUCCAUUUGAACAGAAGAGUUAGCAUACCUAGUGAAAAGAAUGUUGUUGAGGGACACACCGAUACACAGGGAGUGAAAUCAUCUGUAGCAGGAUGCACAUUGAACUCUGAAGGGAUAUUUUCUGAUUCAGGGGGACAGCGUUCUGUGAAAGGUGAAGUUUUUGGCUCUACAAAUGAUGUAACUCAGCAUUCAGUUGGUUUAUGUGAGGGAGAUACUUCACAGUCUCAACCCCAUUCAAUUACUGAUGAUAAUGCCAUUCCUUUGCCACCUCCAAUAGAAUUCAAGGGUGGAUCUGAGCUAGAGAUUUCUGAUAUCCAGAAGAAUCUGCAGAAUUUGUACAACUACAAUGUCAUUCUAAGGGAAAAACUUCUUACUACUCAAUCAUUGCUUCAUAGUUUAACAUCAAAAUCUUCUACUUCCUUGUCAGGGAGCCAAACAUAGCUUGGUGAAGUUAAAAAGCAAGUUAAAUACCACGCUACUCACUCUACUGUCAGAGUUGGUCAAAAGUGUCUGGAAAUGUCUACAGAGUUGGUCCUCAGAUAAAUGUCUAUUAAUGGCUAGAGCAUCAGGCCCAUCCUAUAUUACCUUGCGUGGAUAACACUGCAGCCAAAACCUGGCUAUUUUUGAUGCUAAUGUUUCAAGGAUCAAAGGUUGAAACUUACAGAGUGCAGGAAUUGGGUUUGUCAAGGAACAUGGCCUUUUCUUUGAUGGUACGCAAGGGCAAUUUUUGGAGGAGGGGGUUGGAUAGUAGAGCUUUUUUAUGAAUUUAUUAAUCUUUUUUUUUUUUUUUACUGGUUGGAUGAUUUAUAGGGCACUAUUUGCUGUUGUGGCACAAUGAUUCCCUCUUGCAUAUAUGAGAGGGGGGGAAGGGGAUCACUGAUGAGGGGAAGGACCGUUGAUUUUGUAAUCGUAUGUAGUUAGGUUUUUUCUGGUUGCAUAUUCUUUUGUGAGAUUUAAUAUUUCAUUCUUUCAAGUUUCUUAGGAGAUUUUAUUUUGUUUUGAUUA